UCUUAGGCAUUGGAGGCUUUCAAGGAGCAACUGAUAUCUCAUUCGUAAACGGUUCUACUUCUGAUUAUGAAAAGUAGCUAUUAUCCUAUCCUCUCAUCAUAGACAAAGUGAGCAAAGCUCGGGUUUUCUAAGAGAGAAAGAACAUGAAGUUACUAGGUUGGAUGCACCGUAAGUUCAGGCAGAAUAGCAGUGAACCGCUGAAGGAUUUUGCCAUUGGUCAUGCUUGCAAUUGUCUUAUAGGACAGCCAUCCCUUGACGACCAACAAUACUACUCAAAACCAAACUAUGGAACCAGAUCAUUCAAGCAAGCACAGAAAGAUCACCUUCGAAAAUCUUUUGCUGGUCUGGAAGCAGCAAGAAUAGAAGAAGAAGAAGAGGAAGACUAUGAAGAAGAAUCGUCAGCUGCCAUAUCUGAGCUAUUCCACGGUUUUCUUGCAAUUGGUACCCUUGGUUCAGAUCCAAUCAAUACCGAACCCUCAACACCAACAUUUGCCAUCUCCGUUGAGAACAUCACUGAAAAAGAGACUGAAGUAACCGAAAACGAACUGAAGCUCAUCAAUGACGAGUUGGAGAAGGUUCUGGUAGCUGAAGCUAGAGAAGAUUGUUGCAAUGACUCAUCAGGAAGAAACAGUUAUGUCAGUGCAGGGAGAAGCAGUCAGGGUAGCACUAUUACCCUUAGCGGAAAGCCAAUGGAAGGCCAGGAGACCAAUGUGAAUGGAACAACAGUCUGUCCGCUCCAGGGAUACCUAUUUGGGUCAGCAAUUGAAUUAUCAGAAACGACAACCGUGGCAAAGAAGGAACACAGGACAUCACUCGGCGAGCUGUUUCAGAGGGCUAAAAUAGCAGAAGAGAAUUCUGGGGGUAAAUGUGAAAGGGAUGAGAAGCGCAUAGAGAAGGAAGCUGAUAAAUCUGCUGUGCAUCUCAUGAAAAAGAUGCUGAAGAAAAAAAUGCUCCAUGCUUCUUCUAGGAGCUCUGCUGCCACUGCUGGUGGAACCGUUGAUACUGCUUCAGCAGAAACAAAACUGCACAAGAUCCUACACAUGUUCCACAGGAAAGUUCACCCAGAAAGCUCAACAUCAGCGCGGAAGGCAGAUAAAUCCCAGAAAAAUGAGAAUAAGAAGAGCACCAACAAUGGGGGACACAACAAUGGAAGUCAAAUACUCCUAGAUGAAGACAUCACAGUACUUCCUCAGAGAACCCUUUCAAAGCGGAGCAUAAGGCGCUACAAGAGUCAAUCUAAUCCACCCCACUUCACUCUUAGCAGCAGUGACUCAAAUGAAAGCAGGGAAUACUGGAUCAAAACAGACGCAGACUACCUUGUGUUGGAGCUGUAAAAGGCAGAUGCAGCAGUGAAGCAUGGUUCUACAUUGUUAUCUUCGAUUUGGUACUGUAUUAGUGUGUUUGUAUGGGUGAUUGGUGCUAGUAAUACGUGAUUAGUUGUGUUAAAUAGAACUUGAGUGGAACAAAUAAAUAAAAGAGGCAGUCCUCCCCAAAAGCUGCCUUUUAAACAAGUAAUGUGGAAUGUAACACAUACUGUUUUUGCAUUAAUCAUGAAGGAAACUAUGCUGUCCUGAAUCAA